UUCCGUUUAGUUUACCUCAUAAAGAAUAUAAAAUUUUAUGCUGGGAAAAGUUUUGAACUAUAAUGAUUCAAGUAUUCAUGUAACUAAGAGGCUCUUGGUUACUCUCGUGUGAAAUGCCCCGGCCCACUCAAUAAAAACACUCAUGAAUUUUAGACGAAAAUAAUGUCAGUGUUAUCAUUUCUUUUCAAUUCGCAGAUGCAAAGAUCAACCAACCGAAAUGAAGGAAAACGCCUUGAGUAGCCUAGGUUACAUUUUGACUAAGUGCUUUCCUGAUGUUAAAUGGAUUCAAGAGAGGAAAUUCUUCUUUUUCGAGACGUUUGAUUCUAUUAUGAGUAAGGUAUUUUUCAGGUUAGGUGAAUUGAUCGCUGAUUAUCCAAAAUCAUUUAUCGUAAUCCCAGUUUUGAUCACUGCGAUUUCCGUGACUGGGUUCCUCAGGAUGAACUGGAUUGACGACCCAGAGUUUCUGUUUUCUCCGUUGAAUGGAAGAGCUCGUCAAGAGCGGGACUUCAUUGAGGGAUAUUUUAAGAUGAACUACACUGAUUCUUUCAACGAGGAUCGCCUUACUCGCAAUGAUCCUUAUGUUCAAUUGGGAAUUACGAAGACAGACUCGUCCAAUAUAAUCGACCAAGAAGUAAUGAACAAAAUAGAUUCUAUAGAUGGAAUUGUUCGAAAUUUUGAGUUUCACGACGAAGAAGGCAACUCGUACACCUACAAUGACAUCUGUGCUAAAGCCGGAGGAGAGUGCGUGAGGCCUCGCUUCCUGGACUUAUCCGACCGCAUACAUGAAGUUAAAACUCGGAAACUAAACUUAACAUUCCCAGUUAUGAUAAAUCCUACAACAUUCGACAAUUAUAUUUUUCCAUUUUUCUUAGCCGGUGUUAAACUCUACCCUGAAAAUUCCAUCAUGUCUGCCGAAGCCAUCAAACUCUCUUACUGGGGAAGUGAAGAGAACCAAGAAAUGAAACACUUGAGUACUUUGUGGGAAGAAAAGUUUCUUGCACACUUCAAGAAGGGCUUAGGAGAGCCGAGCUUGAGCAUCGCAAUGUACCACUCAAGGACUGCCACGCAAGAGAUGAUGAACAACGUCAUGUCGAUGUUUCCUUACUUAACUGUAGCAGUGUUUUUAAUAACUGUCUUUUGCCUGGCCUCCCUCACACUGGGCGACUGUGUCAGAAGCAAGACUUGGCUCGGCUUAGUGGCCAUCAUUAAUUCAGCAUUGGCUAGUCUGACGGCGUUUGGGGUCCUCAUGCAUUGCGGCGUUCCGAUGAUUGGCAUAAAUAUGGCAGCGCCGUUUCUGAUGUUAGGUAUUGGCAUCGACGACGCCUUUGUGAUGCUUUCGGCUUGGCACAGAACGCGUCCUCAGUAUUCGGUGCGGGAGCGCAUGGCUCAAACCUACGCAGAAUCCGCCGUUUCCAUCAGCAUCACUUCCAUCACAGACAUGAUUUCAUUCUUCAUAGGCACCUUCACGUAUUUUGCCUCCGUCAGGGUCUUCUGCCUCUAUCUGGGCAUUUCGGUGCUGAUGGCGUACGUGUGGCACAUCACUCUGUUCGGCGCCUGUCUGGCGCUGUCCGGACGCGCUGAGAAGCAGCAGCUCCAUAACAUUACUUGCAAGCGAGUCAAGUCCAGCUGGGAGUCAUCCGAGGAGUCGGCAUUUUAUCGCCGAUUCUGUGCUGGUGGAGUGGCCGCGUCCGACCCUAGCAAUCCUGACGACAACCAACCACAAGCCGUCGUGAUUCUCUUCAGGGACUACGUCGCUCACUGUUUAAACUUGCCAGUAAUUAAAGGUGUCGUGGUGGUGGCGUUCGCAGCGUACUUGGCCGUGGCUGUGUACGGCUGCACUACCUUCAACGACGGUUUGCAGUUGCGCAAGACGGCGCGCUACGACUCAUACUCCAUCCCAUUCUACGACUUCACCGAUAAAUAUUUUAGCAGUUUCGCCUACCGCCCCAUGAUUGUCUUCACCGGCAACAUCACGUACAGCGAUCCAGCCAACGAGAGGCAGUUGCUUGAAUUCGUUGAGAAAGUUGAAUCCCAUGAGUUCAUCGGCGAUGAGUUUUACACGGAUUGUUGGUUGAGGCAGUGGACAAAAUACAUGGCCAUGCAGUCGAUAUUGAACUCCUUCUUAAGUGGCGACAUCAACCGCUACCGCGCUGACAUUGUCUUCAGCGAAGACAACAGUCGCAUCGUCGCCUCGCGCUGCCUCGUACAGUCGGUUAACGUCAUGAAUGCCAUCAACGAUCGUCGUCUGAUGCAGGAUCUUCGUCAGUGGGCGGACGAGUCAAAAUUCAACGUCACUGUUUACCACCCUCUCUUCAUCUUUUUUGAUCACCUCUCAGUUGUCCGCUCGACCAUCCUUAAGGCCAUCUCGUGCGCUGCCUUGACGAUGGUUUUGAUAUGCGUCGUCUUCAUCCCGAACCCCAUCUCCUCCUUGUGUGUUGGGUUCGCCAUCGUGUCCAUCGAAACAGGAGUCAUAGGAUACACGAGCCUCUGGGGAGUAAACUUUGACAUGAUGUCCAUGAUCCAACUGAUCAUGUGCGUUGGCUUCAGUGUUGACUUCACAGCCCACAUCAGUUAUUCGUAUCUUGCUGCCAAAGUUGACACACCUGAGGAGCGAGUCCGGGAAUGCUUGACGUCAUUAGGAUUGCCCGUCAUGCAAGGCGCACUCUCGACUCUCAUCGGAGUCCUGCCGUUGAUGUUAAUCCCAUCUUAUAUGUUCAAGACUUUCUUCAAAACGGUGUUCUUGGUAAUAUUCUUCGCAACGAUUCAUGGUAUUUUUCUCAUUCCAACUUUUCUGUCGAUGUUCGAAAGCAUGUUACACAAAAGAAAAGUUAAAGGCACGACGAAGAUGGAAAUUCCAACGUGAAUAAAUCUCGUGAAUUGUUUUCCAUUCGCAACGAGCUGUGAAAUCGGUUAGAUUUUAGAAAGCUUAGCCUUAGAAUAAGAAGCUGAAGGUAAAAAGUUCCAUCAGUUAAUAUUUCAUUAUCAAAUUUUGAUAAUGAUUACGGCUGUUCAAAGUCGUUUGCUUCCUCAGGUGGCAAAGUCGAGACAAGCUCGAAAUCAGACCAGAUCUCAGAGAAUUACAAUCGAGCAACUGCAUCUCGAGAUCCGCAAUGAAUUCAACUAGCUCCAUGACAACCUUGACAACAACGUCACACCCCAAACUAUAUACGCAGCAACUGUCACUUCAAACGAGCGGGAGUUCUUCAAGAAUCUGGUGUAAUCAAUAAAUUUUGCUUCAAAGAAGGUUGUAGACUUCUUCAUUAUUUUGACUGCAUUGGAGUACUUGGAGUAGCAACUGCGACAUUGAGCAGCCGUUUAUCCUACCACCUGAGCCAAGCUCGCAACCAGACCAGGUCUCAAAGCAUCACAAUCGAGCAACUUCAUCUUAAGACCCGCGAUGAAAUCAAUAGGCCCCGUGACACUCUCGACAACGUUAAUCUCAACGAGACUCACUUGCACUGUGCUGGUGGAACCCACCAGCAUCGUCAUCUUGCGGUGGCCCGACAUAAUCCGACCGACGAUAGCUGAAGCCCUUCUUAACGGAUUGGACUCCAUUUAUCCAUCUAAUUACUACCUUAUUUUCUAAGCUUUGAGAUUGUUUCGGAAUUACUUUCGCGGUUCCAAAAAAA